AUGGUGAAUGCAUUCAAUACAAAUAACAUCUAGUCAUUUUUAAGAUAACUAAGUUUUUAUAAAUUUAAAAUGCAAAAAAAUAAACAAAAUCAAAAGCAAUAUUUUCAUCCCUAUUUCUAAAAAGGAAGAAGGUAAGAUUAUUUAAUUAUUGUAUGAUUUUAUAGGGAUCUUUUAAACAAAAUAUAAAGAAUUACAAAUGAUAAAUUAAACUAAGACAAUCUAGAUUAAGUAUCAAGUUUGGAGUAAAUAAAAAUAUAAAAUUAACAAUUAUAAGGUUAAUUACAGCAAUUGAAAAUUAAUCAGCAAUAUAAAUUGAAACAAUUAAUAAUAUAAGCUAAAAUUUAAGCAACAUUAGCUAGUCGUGUUGAGAGAAUUACUUAAGUAAUAAUUCUAUUUUUUAAAUGUUUUAGAAUAUGGCAUUUAUUUAUGGAGAAGAUCGUUAAUCAGAAUUUGCAAAACCAAUGAAAUUAUUUUUCAAAAUUAUUUAAGGAUAUAGAGCAGAUUAAUAAGAAAGAAUAAUUGCCUUUUUAAUUUUUGAGAUGGAUUUCCCAACUCCUAUUUCAGAAAAUUACUCUCCAAUUUAAUUUCCUUAUUAUUGA